GUCCACAGGAUUCCAGACGGGGAAAUUUUGCGAUGGACAGCGUAAAAACCAAUCUGGUUGGAGCUUUUGGAAGCUCAAUCAGCACAUUGUCACGAGCUCUGUCAAACGAUACUAGAGGUUUCGAAAAAUCUUAUCGAACUUUCUUGACAUCGCUGGUACUGCUUGUGACCAUUUUCACUCUUGCUCUUAGCUCGGGAUGGAUCCGCAAAUUUGUGGCAGCUAUGAUCGACAAAUCCAAGACAGCAGUGCUCGACAUGUCGGUGAAACAGAGAAAGAAGUCAAAAGAAGAAGUUCCUCCAGGUAGUCUGGGCCUGCCGAUGGUCGGAGAUUCUUUGAGGUAUGUGAACGCAUAUUACAAUAUGACCAUCAAGAGCUACGUGGACGAAAAAAUUCGCAAGUAUGGGCCGGUUUUCAAGGUGUCGCUGAUGGGUAGUCCGUCAGUUUUCUUAGAUGCACCAGCUGGCACCAAGCUCGUGUUGAGCCAUAACGAAAUGAAGUGGACAAAAGGGUGGUGGCCGAAGCCUGUUAGAGAGUUACUUGGGAAGCAUGCUCUAAGUUCGCAAUAUGGAGAUGAGUACCUUCUGCACAGAAAUCUUGUGAUGAAGAAUUUUCUAGACAUUGAUGUCGUGCACCAGUACAUCUCGACGAUGGAGAAGAAAGCGGUGAAACAUAUCGAUAAGUAUUGGUUGGCGCUCGAAGAUGGAUCCGAAGUGAAAGCUUUCAAGCUUAUGAACGUGUUCUCGUUCUCACUUAUCACGCAGCUGAUACUGGGAAUUUCCAAUGAGAAAGACAUUAUAGACUUCAAUGAAGUUUUCCACGAUAUGGCUGCAGGUCUUAUGGCCCUUCCGGUAAAUCUACCAGGAUUUCAAUACUGGCGCUCUCUCAGAUCGAGGAAGCUCAUCAAUCAGAUGCUGAACGUUCACAUCGAAAAGAGAAGACAGGAUCUGAAAGCUGGACGGGCUUCACCAACCCAAGAUCUACUGUCGGUGUUGCUUUCUACGCCUAACAGUGAAGGCCAUUUCUUGACCAGCGACGAGCUCUGUGACAGCUUGCUGCAGCUGGUCUUCGGAGGCCACGACACCACCGCAGCCAUGCUCACUCUCUCCCUCCGACUCAUCAAAGAGGAUCCUGCCGUCUACGAGGAGCUCAAACAAGAACAUGCAACUAUUGCCGCCAGCAAAAAACCUGGUGAGCUUUUAACGAAAGAAGAUCUGUGGGCCAUGAAAUAUACUUGGAGGGUUAUGCAAGAGGUCAUGCGGCUCUAUCCGGCCAAUCAGGUGAUGUUUCGUGAAGCCAGGAUAACCUUCGAGCACCACGGUUACACUAUUCCCAAAGGCUGGAAGCUAUGUUUCACAAAUGCGAAUUCCAGUUGGGAUCCCAAGUUCUGUAAAGAUCCAGAAAAAUUCAAACCGUCCAGAUUUAACGAAGACAAGGAAAAGAUGCCACCAUGGAUCCACUUUCCUUUCGGAGCAGGUCAUCGCAUAUGUCCAGGACAGGACUUUGCCAGAGUUGAGCUGCUUAUAUUUCUGCACCAUUUUCUCCGGAAGAUUGAUUGGACGGUGCUUGUUCCAAAUGAAAAAAUUGAGUACAGACUGCUGGCUACCCCUGUAAAUGGAACCCCGAUCAAGAUAACUAAAAUCAGAUGCUAAGCCUCUUAUAGAGAGCGGUUGCGGGCGUGUUCUUUAUUUCCGAUCCUCUGUUCUACACAUUUAUGUGCAAGAUCGUUGUUGGAUGGUUUAUCGCUGUGAUUAAACGUUGAAAGG